UGUGGCAGGAGGACUCUACUGUACGAGGAGAAUUUGUUGCUGGAAAAUGUCUUCAGUGCCUGAUGGCAAAAAACUGGUCCGGAGCCCGAGUGGCCUUCGCAUGGUGCCGGAGAACGGCGCCUUCAACAGCCCCUUCUCCCUGGACGAGCCGCAGUGGGUCCCCGAUAAAGAGUGCCCGAGAUGUAUGCAGUGUGACACCAAGUUCGACUUCAUCACAAGAAAGCACCACUGCCGGCGGUGUGGCCGGUGUUUCUGUGAUAAGUGCUGCAGUAAGAAGGUGGCGCUGCCCCGCAUGUGUUUCGUGGACCCGGUGCGGCAGUGUGCCGAGUGCAGCCAGGUGUCCCACCGGGAGAUGGAGUUCUACGACAAACAGCUCAAAGUGCUCAUGGGAGGCGGGACGUUUGUGGUGACUUUGGGCUCGUCGGAUAAAUCUGAAACCAUGAUGUGUCGCCUCUCCAACAACCACAGGUAUCUGUUCCUGGACGGUGAAAGCCACUUCGAGGUGGAGUUGUCUCGGAUCUCCAGCAUGCAGGUUUUGACGGACGGGACGAGCCCAGGAGAGAAUGACAUUCACACUUACACCAGUCUGCUGGACAGUCACUAUAUCUCUGAAGGAGGGACGUCGCGGGCCAGCGGCAUGCUGCUCCAUUACAAGCCGAUGGGCUCCCAGGAUUCCCAGCAGCUUCGCAUGGAGGCAGCAGAGGACAAGAAGGUGGCCUCGUCAUGGCUGGCGGCGAUGCACAAGGCGGCCAAGCUGCUGUAUGAAGCCCGGGACCAGUGACGAGCCGCCGGCCUGCAGCAGACAAACUCCAGGCAGCACACACCCAAGUGUUUUCUAGCCCGUCUGUCCGGCGCCGGGUAUCGUUUGGAUUUUAUUAACGCCGAUUCUUAUUCUGCUCUUACAUUUGAUUCCUCAUCCGUUCUCGACGCCGGCUCUUAUCAUGGUGAUUUUUUUUGGGAAAAAAUGUUUGUAGAGAAGAAACUUUUAUUACCUCUGUAACCAAGUACAUUGUACAUACAUCAUGUUUACCACAAGUAGGCCGACUGUUUAUAUUGUUUUAUUUUUCUGAAGUCUAUCGGAGCUUUCUUAAUUAUUAUUCAUCUUGUUUUAAUACUUUAAAAAAAAAAAUCAGGGCAUGCAGCGUUAAUGUUUCUCCAUGAAAGUGUAAACGACAGCAGGAAUGCAGCUUUCCAGAGCCGAUGGAUGCCUGUCAGCUCCGGGAGGCUGCCGGCAGGUUCUGAUCCAUUUAUUUUAACAGAAAGUGAGAAUUUGAAAAUUGUUUCUGUCGCCCAAACCUACGUCUCAUCUGAUCUCGCCUCUGUUACAGCAGUAAAUCCACAGCGGCCCUGCUGUUCCAUGAAUUCACGCUGAUCUCGCGCCGCUUUACGCGCAAAAUCGUCCGCGAGGCUUUUAUUUCGCCGCAGAAACGAUGAGAGAGACGUUUCAUCGGCCCCACAGGAGGCGCUUUCUCUCACAGGUCAGAGGUCAGCAGCUGGGACAGAUUCAGUGUCUUGCUCAAGGGCACUUCAGCAGAGGUGAUGCUGCUUGUUGUGUUCUGAGAUAAAGGACAUCUCAGAGGAAAAAUCCACCCUAAACACAUUAAAGGAAUAUGCCAACGUUUUGGGCAAAAUCGCCUUUUUUUUUUUUUUUUUUUUGAGACUGAGACUUGAAAUUCGACACCAUUUCCACCUCUGUACGUCCGCUGGUUUAGUUCCUAUGGGUAAUUUUAGCUUAGCAUAAAGACUUGAAGUCUAUGGGAGUCGUUAGCCUAGCUCUGUCAUAUUGAAAAACUAACUCAUAAUAAUAAGAGGUGUAUUUCACAUCCACAUGAUCCACUGUGUAAAUCAGACAGCUUCAGAGUUGCUGUAAGGUUUAUUUGUUUCACUUUGACAGAGCCAGGCUAACAACUCCCAUAGACUUCAAGUCUUUAUGCUAAGCUAACAUGGAAACAGUACCUGUAGGAACUGAACCACUGGAUGUACAGAGGUGAAAAUGGUGUCCAUCAUCUGGUCUCAGUCUGGGGAAGUCGGAAAAAGGGGAUUAUAUGCAAAACGUUGGCGUAUUCCUUUAAUACGGAUGAAAAAAACCUCACUAUCACUGAUGUACUCUGUAUUUUUGGGCCCAUUUGGUUGUUUUGGUGGUGUAUUUUAAUGUUUCCAGUCGCUAAAAUCGACAAAUCUAGACAACUUGACAUCACACUGAGAUAUUUCUUUGCACCCGCAGUGGAAUUAGAUCGCAGAAAACGUUUUGGAGAUCUAAAACAUCAUCGUCAGGUUUUGGUGCAGAAACGAGGCAGAGUGAGGGAGAGUAAAACUCAUCACAUCACAAAAUAACUUGAGUCGAACAUCACAGUUUGAUGCAGUUUGAUGCAGUUUGACCGCGUCAGGGUGGAUUUUUCCUCCUCAGAGCCUGGCUGUCUGGGCGCUAAUUAAGUUUGACAGUAAAUGAGAUGUAGGUUCAGCGUCAUUUAGUUCAGCUGAAGUUUUAUUUCCCUGCACAUUCUCGUCAUAACUCUGCUCUCUGCCACAGAUAUUUGCAGAUUUUAGUCCUUAGGCCUCGCUGUCUAAGGGAAACUACAGACUAUUCACUGAUUCUAGUGAAGUAAACACACACACACACACACACACAUAUGCAUACACACAGUACACGCAACACUUUAAUAAAUGCUUUAAAUGUAGUCUCAUGUAUCGAAUUUUUGUAUGAACUAUUUUGUUAAAUAUUCCUAUUUUAACACACGGACGCAGUGUAUGUACUUGCAUACUUUUUAAAGCUGAAGUUUGACUAUAGUUUUUGUAGCACUUGUAUACAGUAAUUGUUUCUUUCCUACGCAAAGGCCUGAAUACUUUUUUUUUUAACUUUGGUGGUCCUUUUACCAUUUUUUUUUUUUUUUUUGUUAAUAAUCUGAUUUGCCGAGCCACAAACCAGAAAGGCAAGUUACCACCUGCUGUUGGUUAAUGCUGUUUGAUUUCUGCUGCUGGUUUUUCAACAAGGAAAAUGCAGUUUAGAUGCCCUUCAAGUUGGAUAUUAAAGUAGUAAACCCUGAUUUUCCCUAACCAGGUUAAACGUGUUAAAUUAACGCUGUGUCACGUUAAUUUAACACGUUUAAAAUGAUCAGAAUGCACUUAAAGGAUACGUUUGAUAUUUUUCCAUCCAGCUUAAAUUUAAAUGUUGGUUCCUUUUAUUUGUAUUUACUCAGUAGAAAACAAAGACACAGGACAUGGGACUUGAAUCACCACAGGUUUUCGUCGUUUGUUAUAAUUAAAAAUGAACAGAAACGAACUGAACAUCAGCUGCUUCUAGUUAGCCUCCAACACAGGGCAAUUUUUAUUUUUUUUUUCUCUCAAAAACGUUGCAAAUGUCCUUUUUGGAAAAACAGGAAACGCACAUUACAGCCACAUACUGUCUUUAAAUUAUGCACCAAAAAAUGGUUGCACGCCAUGCUUUCUAACAGGUUUUGUUUAGCAUUAGCAUUUAGCUUUCAACUUUAUGACGAUGUUAGAGGUGUACCGUGGCGAAACCUAAAAAGUAGCCCCAAAAAUAGUAAAGAACAGUAGUUUUCAGUUUUCAAAAAAGGUGAUGGUGAUUUUUAAAUGAUGGGAAUCAACAUUUUAAUACAGCUUCUGGUUAAAAAAAAAUACCAAACCUAUCCUUUUAAGCUCAAUUUUCAGCCUUAUGUGAUCAUAAAUCCAUAAAAAUCCCCGCGUGGUGAACGGUAAAACACAAAUUUGAGAUGUAUAGUUGUGCGAGCAAGCGAGCUAAGAUGACCAAAUAUUGACCUAAUAUUUGCUUUUGUAAACAGAAACAGUAUUUUUAUGUCGGCUAAAGAAAAUCUUGCAGCUGUCUGUGUUUUUCUGUUGUUGUUUUUUUUUUUUGGAGCUGGACCGCCAUAAUACACAGACAUUUUUUGCAAGUUUUACCUGUUCGCUUUGAAAAUUUCAACCUCCAUCGUAAAAUGCAACGCGACAUUAGCUGUCCUUUACUAAGCGAAGUUAAAUAUGACACUAUCGUCUGGGUUUGUUGGCCUUUUCCCCUUUUUUCAUACGUCGUACCAAAUGAAAAGUUUCCCCCCGCCUCCCGACAUUUAUGUGAUGUUUUUUUUGUUUUGUUUUGUUUUGUUUUAUGCUGCUCACCUAAGAAUACUUCAAGUCACGAGUUGUAAUUUGGUUUUUGGAGCGAGGAAGAUUGUGAGGUUCGGUGUAAAAAAAGAUGUCUGUGUGGUAACUUUGACGUUGUCUCAAAGGUGUAAUAAUCAUGAAGUUAUGCAAUUUAAAAUUUUUUUUUUUUGUUCUGUUUUAUUAUCCAUUAUCCAUUUUGAGCUGGUCUGUGUGAUUAGGACGAGGGCUGCACAGUUUUAACUUUUGCCCGUUAUUUUAUGAGAUGUUGGCAAUUAGGCUCUGUGAUUUUGAGGAAUGAAAUCAUAAUUGUGCUUUUUGCUGCGUGCACAACAUCAAGUGUGUUCAGACGCAGCGUUGCGAAUCAAAAAAAUUAAACAUCAGCCUGUUAGAUUUCAUCCGAAUUGGACCAGCGGUGUGGCAGCUACAGUGGCCUUUCAAAACUGGAAACUUUGGUCUUUAAUUACAGCGCCCCCAUCUGGCCAAUCUCUCUCUCUUUUUUUUUUUCUUUCUUUUUUUUUUUUUUUAACAAACAGUGCCAAAAUGUCAUCCCUCAUCAAGUCACACCAGUGUGCAUUUUGGUCUAUUAACUGUGCAAACUCAAAGUACAAUACAUCAUUAUACUCUGGUUAAUUGUGCAGCCCUAACAGCCGUGUGUCUGCAGUUUAUUAGUUAAAUGUUUCGCUGUUAAUUCACAUUUGGAGGUUUGCACUACGUCUAACAGUACCAAGUCAUUACUUCUCCAGUGUUUGUACCUGCACUUUAUGGUCAGCCUGAUUUACGGUCCUUUUUAUCCUGCCGCUUCAUUUAUUAUACUGAAAAAUGAUGUACACCCUUUGUUUAAUUAUCCUAUUGAGAAUAAAAUCAAGUGUUUAUA